CAUGUAUAUCGUAUCAAAAAAAAAAAACAAAAAACAUGUAUAUUGUGGAAAACCCAGCGUUUUGAUAGAAACCCGCCAGGCAAACGGUGUUAGUCGUUGGCUUCAUCCCUCGAAGGCUCAAAACUCUGAGCCAAAGUUUGCGCGCGCUAUCCAGAGCGACCAAGUGAGCAGGGUGACAGAAAAUUUUGAUCUUUCAUCCGCCAAAACACAACUGCUUCCUGGGUUUUACAUUCGAGGGUUAGGUUGGCUGAGAACUGCCCAGGAUUCUUGGCUUUUAUGGGGGAUGGCGGCUGUUUCGCAGUCCGUGGCAACCUGUUCAGGUUUGAUUAAUCAUCCAGGGCAUGCUAAACUACCAUUUGGACCUAACGGGACCAAGAUCACUAAUCACAAUGCCGUUUCAGUAACAUGUAGAAGGACUCGUAGGGCAGGGAUUAGAUGUUUGGCUGUACGUCGGGUUGGCACCACAUAUGCUGCAUCUGUGGGAAAGGAUCAUCAUCAAUUGAGUGUUGAUGAUGGAGUACCUCAGGAGCCCUUCCUUCUAAGUCUUUUCAAAGAAACAGUGUGGUCUUUGAGAUCAUUAUUCAUUUUUCUGCUUGAGCAGCCAAGUCAGCUGAAGUACAUUGAAUGGCCAGGUUUCCGUAGCACACUGAAGACUGCAACUCUUACUCUUGUUCUUGUGGCGUUGCUCAUUGUUGCACUUUCAUCAACUGACUCUGCCCUCAGCUAUAUGUUGGCUUUGAUUCUCAGGAGAAGACCAUAAUCAAACAUUAAUACGAGAAGUAUGAGCAAGAUCAUUUGUUGGAGAUGUAACUUUUUCAUGCCUUUGUUAGUUACGUGCAACAUUUAAAAUAUCUGCCUCCUUUGAAGUGUUAGUUAUCUGUUAUUUAAACAAUAGCCUAGUCAAAUGAUAUAGAGUACCUUUUUCGCAUAUUCUGCACAUAAAAAAUUUGUUCUUGGUUCUUCGACUUC